ACCUGUUCUGUUCUUUUUCUUUUACAAAAACAAACUCUGGGGACUAGAUAUGCAGCAGCCAAGUGUCCAGGGCUGCAGAGUUAGGGGUGACAUUUGAUCCCAGACUGAGGCUGCCGUUACAGCAUCUGUCCUUGCCAGGCACCAUGCAUGUGUUGUGCCUUUAAGGAUAUUUUUAGAACUGCAGCAGCAGGAGCAGCUGAUCUUUUCCUGAAGAGUUUCCACAUGACCUAGCAAGACUGCUCUCACCUGAGAUGCUGGCAUUGGGCAGUCGGGGCCUCGCUCGGGGUGGGCCUUGGCUCCUGUCUCCCCAGGUCCCAGUGCCGAGAGGGCUCCUGGGAUGGAGGUGACCGUGCCAGUGUGAGUCCCUUCCAGCAGACGUGGCCUCCACCACUGCGAGCGCGGCGUGUGCUUUCUGCCUCCUUCCCGCACGGCCCACAAACACUUGGAAGAAGCUCAGUGAGUUUCCGGCCCCGUCUGCAGGAUGCCGUCUGCAGCAGGAGUUCACAAUCAAAUAAUGGGCUGCUGCUAGACUAUACGUGGGCUUCUUCAUAGAGGGUUUCUGGAGACAGGAAAGGUGACGUUCUAAUGAUACAGAAAAGGAAACGUAAGGCUGGCCUCUCUGCCGCCGGAGGCCUGAGCUCUGCCAUGGGGGUAGGGGUGUCGUUACUUCUGCAGUUUUCUCUGACAUCCGGGGGCUACCAGAGCUUGGGCCGCAGCAGGCGCUACAGCCGCAGAAGUAUCCCCAGGAGCGUCCCCAGCAGGAGCUGGAAAAAGCCUCGUCUCCAGCUCCACGGUCUCCAGGCAGAGGAAGGACCGAUGCUGGAACGUCGCUGCCGGGGCCCUCUGGCCGUGGGCCCGGCCCGGCCCCAGCUCCUUUCUGGGCCCUCCCAGGAGUCGCCCCAGACCCUGGAGAAGGAGCCCCGCGGGCUGGGGUUACAAGGCACCUCGGUGGCCCAGCCAGGCAGCCAAGCUCCAGGUCGGGUCCAUCGCUGUGCCCACUGUCACAGGCACUUCCCGGGCUGGGUGGCCCUCUGGCUUCACGCCCGGCACUGCCAGGCCCGGCUGCCCCUGGCCUGCCCCGAAUGCAGCCGUCGCUUCCGACACGCCCCCUUCUUGGCCCUGCACUGCCAGGUGCAUGCCGCUGCCACCCCAGACCUGGGCUUUGCCUGCCACCUCUGCGGGCAGAGCUUCCGGGGCUGGGUGCCCCUAGUUCUGCAUCUGCGGGCCCACUCGGCUGCCAAGCGGCCCAUUGCUUGCCCCGAGUGUGAGAGACGCUUCUGGCGGCGAAAGCAGCUUCGAGCGCAUGUGCGGCGGUGCCACCCCCCUGCCCCUGAGGCCCGGCCCUUCAUAUGCGGCAACUGCGGCCGGAGCUUUGCCCAGUGGGACCAGCUGGUUUCUCACAAGCGGGUCCAUGUGGCCGAGGCCCUGGAGGAGGCAGCAGCCAAGGCCCUUGGGCCUCGGCCCAGGGGCCGCCCGGCAGUGACUGCGCCCCGGCCUGGCGGCGAUGCCGUGGACCGGCCCUUCCAGUGUGCCUGCUGUGGCAAGCGCUUCCGGCACAAACCCAACCUGAUUGCCCACCGCCGCGUGCACACGGGCGAGCGGCCCCACCAGUGCCCCGAGUGCGGGAAGCGCUUCACCAACAAGCCCUACCUGACCUCACACCGGCGCAUCCACACUGGCGAGAAGCCCUACCCGUGCACCGAGUGUGGGCGCCGCUUCCGCCACAAACCCAACCUCCUGUCUCACAGCAAGAUCCACAAGCGAUCAGAGGGGUCUGCCCAGGGGGCCCCUGGCUCAGGGAGCCCCCAGCUUUCAGUGGGGCCCUCGGAGCCCUUGACAGAGCCCACCCCAGAGGCUCCACUGAGACCGGCGCAGGAGCCUUCCACUGAGCCCCUGCCGGAGGCCCCCCGGAACCAGGGGGGUGUCCCUGCCUCUCUCUACAGCUGCGAGGACUGUGGCAGGAGCUUCCGGCUGGAGCGCUUCCUGCGGGCCCACCAGCGGCAGCACACGGGCGAGCGGCCCUUCGCCUGUCCCGAGUGUGGGAAGAACUUCGCCAAGAAGACCCAUUUGGUGGCCCACUCACGGGUCCACUCAGGGGAGCGGCCCUUCGCCUGCGAGGAGUGCGGGCGCCGCUUCUCCCAGGGCAGCCACCUGGCAGCCCACCGGCGCGACCACGCGCCCGAGCGGCCCUUCGUCUGCCCGGACUGUGGCAAGGCUUUCCGCCACAAGCCCUACCUGGCCGCCCACCGGCGCAUCCACACCGGCGAGAAGCCCUACGUCUGCCCCGACUGCGGCAAAGCUUUCAGCCAGAAGUCCAACCUGGUGUCCCACCGGCGCAUCCACACCGGCGAGCGCCCCUACGCCUGCCCCGACUGCGACAGGAGCUUCAGCCAGAAGUCCAACCUCAUCACCCACCGCAAGAGCCACAUCCGGGACGGCGCCUUCUGUUGUGCCAUCUGCGGCCAGACCUUUGACGACGAGGAGAAGCUCCUGGCCCAUCAGAAGAAGCACGAUGUCUGAGAGCAGGGGCGUAGUUCAGUGGGGCGGGCGGUGGGGCGGUGGGGCCGGGCCGCCGGCCUGCUGCCGGCCAAACGGGGGCUGGGGGGUGGGGAGUGAGCAGCCCCUGUGAGAAACAGGGGGACCUGCUGUGGAGUGCGGGGGCCCAGCCUCCAGCCAGUGGUGGCUGCGGUUCCGUCCUCACUGUCCCGUGCCCUGGAGAAGUAGCAAUAGAACCUGCACCCACCCCUUCGUGUCUGUCCUCCACUAGAGGGGUCACCGUGGACAGAGGACCCCUCUCUGGUGGUAACGCCUUAAUGUCCCUGUCCGUCCGUCGUGAGCUAGCUCCUGCAGCUCAGUUUUGGAAGUAGGUGUGGUACAGUCCUUAGUGAAGAGCGCUCGGGAGGCAAAGCGGGCCAGUGGGGGCACCUGGGGGAACCUGCUGGCCGAGUUCAGCAGCCCUGGGGGUGAAGCCGCGCCGCUCCGCGCUGCCCAGCCCGGCCGCUGCUCUGGCGCCCGGUCCCGGAGACACCUGUCUGCUGCGUGGCUGCCCCUUCCUCCCUGCAGAUCAGCCCAGGGAGGGGCGUCCCCCGCCCGUCAGACUUGCUGCAUCCACCCCCUGCCCGCACUUAGAGCAUCGCCCCGCUGCCAGCAGUCUCCUGUCUAGGCCUUCGUCUGAACUCCCCAACCCUGCCUCACACCUCCCAGACCCCACGUGUGGGCAGGGACUGCCCACUGACGACGGGGUCAGCUGCUGGGAAGGGAGGGGUAGGUGACAGGGAGUCCCCACCUCCUGAGGCCCUCGUUCUAUUGUAGGACAAUUCUAACUGUUAGAGGUUCUUCCUUAUAAUGAAUGAAAUCUGCUUUCCUGUCAUUUCUACCUGUUGGGCCUUGUUCUGUUUUCUGGGGCUAAACAGAACCACCACAUACCCUUCUUUUCACACUAGAGAAUAAAGAUUUGGUUUUAGA